GGAUGCACGAGUGACAGUUGUUGAUAGACCGAUGACUCAGCAAGGCCUCGGUGGCAUGAAAACCGCUGCUAAAGGCCAGAGACAAGUGCAUGACAGAACAUACUAUCUAGGGCUGGUCAGGAGUAAGAUAAAUGAGCUGAAUACAGAGACAACAAGAUUGAAUAAGGAGAUAGAAAAUGUCAGUGAGGAAAAUUCCAGCUAUCUUACAUACGAGAAAAGAGCAGAGACACUUGCAAGUGAAAUAAAAGAUCUACAGGGAGAGCUUGGUGAUUAUAAUACUCUAGUUGAUAAAUUGACAACAGACGAGGAUAUCCAAGAUGUUGAAUUUGAUCUAAAUGAUCUGAGAGCAGCUAAUGAAAGGGAGGCAAAGAAGAUAGAAGAUCUAUUUGAAAUUAAGAAACAGAAAGAGGAUCAGAUUAAGCAGAUAGACCAUGAACUGGAUCAAGAAAAACGUAUGGCUGAUAACCUGGUUAAUGACAUGGACCCAGACAUGCGUCAGAAGUACUACCGUAUAAAGGAUAUGAAUGAGCACAUGUUGAAGCAGUUAGAGGAUGGCCAGCAACAGUUAGAUGUUCUCAAUUCCAAGAUGGAAGGUCUUCAAGAGGAACUGUCAAUGUCACAAGUAAAACAAGAAGCUGUAAGGCUGUAUGAGCAGCUGAAUGAGCUAGAGGUGAAGAGAGACAGCCUGAUAGAGGAGGCCAAGUCAACAACAAGUCCCGCUGAGGAGAGGGAGAAACUUCUGAAACAGGUCAAAGAAGACAAUGUGGAGAUAGCUAGCAUGGAAAGACAAACUAAUGAAUUCCGAGAAAAGAUGGAAUCUGUGCAGGAAGAGAUUCACUCCCUUGAUAUGGACAUAGAGGAAAACCAAGGAGAGAGAAAUCAGAAGUACAAGGAGUUGAAAAAGAGGGAAGAAACUAUGGAUGAUUUCCUUCAGACAUUUGAAGAAGCAAAGUCCCAAGAAUAUCAAAAAAUAUCUGAAUUAGAGCAGAAUGUGGUGAGCUUGCUGGAACACAUUAGCAGGAAUAUGGGACGGUUUACGGCUCUACCUAGCCAGAAUGAGCUAGCAGAAAUGAAGGAAGAUCUUGCUUUCAAGGAAGGGGAAAUGAAAAAAUCAGAGUACACAUCUAUGGGAUUAGCACAAGAAAAUGAGAAGUUACGCGAGGAUUUAGAGAAAGUGGAGCAAUUGGAAGACAAGAUUAAUACAGAACUUGUUAUGCUUCGUGAUAAGAUAUCUACUAUGGAAACAGAACUUGUUACAUUCCGAGAUCUUGACUCGCUGAAGAGAAAAUCUGAAGAAAAGAAACAGAAAUUGCAGGCAGACAGAAUUAUUUUACAAAAGAGGAAGGAAACAUUUAAACGGCAGCUUCAGCAGCUUAGUUCUAAGUACGAGGGACUGAAAGCCUCACUGAAUGACAAUGAGACUUAUUCACAGCUUGGUAACCUGGAGCGUAAAUGGCAACACCAUGAACAGAACAAUUUUGUGAUGAGAGAUUUUAUCAAUGCGAAGACUAUGGAGUGUAACUACCGACCAAUCAGUCGACGUGUGUUCAACGGGGUCAACGAUUACAACACGCUUCUACAGUCGCAGAUGGCCAAUAAUCCGAGCAUGUGAUCUCUUCUCAUACCAAGAAUAUAACCUUGAAAAUACAGAUUUAAGAAGAAGAAAAAACAGUUGAAAUACUGUAAAAUCAUUUAAUUUUGUGAGCACUAAAUUUCAUGGUUUUGGACAAAACAGCUAAUUUGCGGGAAUAUGAAUUUGUGGAAUUCAAAACACUUUAGCAUAAAUUUUUUGUUAGGAUUUAAUUUUGUGGAUUCUCAAAGCCAUCCGCAAAAACUAGUCCCCUAUGGAUGUUAAUGUUUUCAUAGUAUAGCUGGAAAAGUUGCAUCACAUUUAAAAGGGCUUUCCUAUACAUACAACAAUGUUUUUGUAUGAAUUUUAUGCUACUUUCUGUAAGGUUUUAGGUGUUACUUCUAUUAUACAACAUAAAUACUGCUGAGACACCUUAAGUGUACAUCUGAAGCUUUUGUCUGAGAAAAGAUUAACAUUUACAAAUCAGUCAAAGUGGAAAUUUAGAAAGGACUGAAAUUAACUGGUCCUUUAAAUGUGAUGAUUCACAAAAUUUGAAACUUGGGAACACUGAUAAGUAUUAGUUAGAAAAGGGACCAAUUAAAAACUUUUAAAUGCUUUUUGAUGUAUGUAUUUCAUUGGCAGACGUGACAUGUUUUUUGAUAUGAGUUUUUUGUAUGAAAAACAUUAUUUUAGUCUCAUUAGUUCUUGUGUUUUAGAAAGCUUAUAAAAUUGCACCUUUUUCAAGCUAUAUACCCAGUAUGUAUAUUGACAGGAAAAGCAAAAAAAAAAGUCCAAAGUUUUCUAUCUAGUACAUUAAAUCAGAACUUUUAUUUUAAAUAUUCAUUUGUAGACAAACAGUACCAAAUUGUUCCUUUCUUAGAUACAUACAUUCUUAUCAUACAGGCUUAGUGUUAUGCACAGCUGAUGACAAAAGAUAAGUACGUUUUUGUGCUUAUGAUUUGUUUGUGAACAUUUUUGUUAGUGAAAACCGUCCAUGUAUUUAUUUAUUUUUAGAUCUGUGAUGUGUAAAUAAUGUUUAUUUCAUUACUCUAUCUUUUAUUUUGCCUUCUGUAAUAAAUCAUUUCGAAAUAUAA